ACAAACUACAAACCCUCACGGCGCGUUCUCGUGAAGUAGUUCAUUGUAUUAGGUAGAUACGGGAGGAAGCAAGGAACCGCUCGACUGACCCGCGACGCUGCACCGGGGAAGCACUGACAAAUACGACUGCAAGCCAUACAAACUGCAGGGAUGGCAGCCAUCCGUAAGAAGCUGGUGAUAGUCGGGGAUGGAGCUUGUGGCAAGACCUGCCUUUUGAUCGUUUUCAGCAAGGACCAGUUCCCUGAGGUCUACGUCCCCACUGUGUUCGAGAACUACGUAGCCGACAUAGAGGUGGAUGGCAAACAGGUGGAGUUGGCGCUCUGGGAUACUGCGGGUCAGGAGGACUAUGACAGACUGAGACCUCUCUCCUAUCCAGACACUGACGUCAUCCUCAUGUGCUUCUCCAUAGACAGCCCCGACAGCUUGGAAAACAUUCCUGAGAAGUGGACCCCAGAGGUCAAACACUUUUGUCCCAACGUUCCCAUUAUCCUGGUUGGAAACAAGAAAGAUCUGCGCAACGAUGAGCACACACGUCGAGAGCUGGCCAAAAUGAAGCAGGAGCCAGUGAAGUCAGAGGAGGGUCGGGACAUGGCCGGCAGAAUUGCGGCUUUUGGUUACAUGGAGUGCUCCGCGAAAACCAAGGAUGGCGUGCGGGAGGUGUUUGAGAUGGCCACCAGGGCAGCACUGCAGGCCCGCCGCGGAAAGAAGAGCAAUAAAUGUGUCUUGCUGUAAAAUGGCUGACAUAUUUGGACUGUUUUCACCCUGGGCUUCUGUACACAGCCACUCGGGCUUGGGUGGGACAGAGGGAUUACUAGAUGGGGGAGGGAGGGAGGGAAGAAACAAGUGCAGUAAAUGACUACCGCUGUAAAAUGGCUGUUUGUUGGACUGAAUAUACCGGGGACUUGGGUUUGGUGGAGAAAAACGGGUGGGGAGGGGGGGGGAGGUGACUACUGCUGUAAACCAUUGGGCUCUUUACCGGUUUUCCAUCACGUUGGGACAUUUACACCAGCCACCUGCUAAAUGCUCAUCCAUUUUGUCUUUUCAUAAAGCCACAUACACUGAUAGAGAUUAGUAGGAGAUCCUGGCCCAGCUCAUGAAUAUAAUUGAUUAGGUUGCUUGUUAAUUAUGGGAUGGUCCUGACUGUUCAGUAUGGACAACAACAAACAGGUUUAGUUUUCUGUCUGGAUGACUCGACAGCUUAAUGGGAGCAAACAGACAGUGUAAUAAAUGAGUACCACUGUCAGGGGCUCGCCAGUUGUCCGUUUCUAACUGAAAGUAGGGCUGUGUGAUAUGUGGAGAGGUGCAGGGAUGGCAAGAUGAGACUGAAGCGUGGGUGGGACCCUGAUGAAACUGCACACCAAACCAGGGAGAGACUUGCAGUUUUCAUAUACAGGGCAGGUUAUUUGCCCUAAAAAGUAGACGAAUCAAAAGUAAACUUAAGCUUGUUUUUUUAUUUUUUUUUAUGAUGGUUCAAACGGGUUUGAGGUUGACCUCAAUGAGUAAAAUAAGGCAUGUUAAAAUAUAUAUAUAUAUAUAUACAUUGUUUUAUCCACAAUGUUAAUGGUCACGUGAUGUCAGGUGUCCGGGUCUUAUGUGUCGUAUUAUCAGAGCGGCAGGGGAGCUACAAGCUCACAUGUCCAGCUCGUUGCCAUUUGGUCUUGCUGUGGCUAAUCUUGUUCUCACAGAGACAAACAAAUUGAGCCGCAUUCUGGAUUAAACUGCAGCUCGUGCUGUUUGAAUUAUGAGUGAAAUUGCCCUUGGUGCUGGUUGUUAAGCUGCUUACUAUGCGUCAUUGUACAAUCUAUAUUUCAAGUGGCUCGCCGCUAGCUGAAUUUCACUUGCUGCUUUUAAAUGCUAAACGCCUCACCAUGAAGUGUAUUAAAGGACAGUGUGAAGUUUGCCAACUUCCAGAGGAGCAGCAGUGUGACGCACUCGGCAUCUGGGCUGGACAUUAAAGAAGGACCCCCUUGCUGGUCAAUCUUUACUGAGGCUGGUUUGUCUACUUUUGGGAGUUCAUCAGCUGGUCGUUAAACUAUCUGCAGACCGUAUCGGUGGAAGUGGAAAAAUGACAAUGGUAGUUUUCUGCCCCACGUACUACAAGCUGACCAGACUCUACUGCAGCUCAGCACCCAUCCCUUCCUGAUCCACACUGGCGAAUGCUGGUGCUCAUCUUCCCCUGGUUUGAGACUAGGACUAAGAACAAGGAGAGGAGAGUAUUGUGUUUACAAGCACACCCACACUGAUCUCCUGAUAUUGUGUGCGUGUGUAGGCAUGUAUAAAGGUCAAGUGUACAAUUAUCCAUAACUAGUUCAUGUUUGAUAAAAAGAAGGUGCCUGGGAUAUACCAUGUUAUCAACCAUCUAUUCAUGUUUUACCAUCUGCUUUAACAGUUCAACUUAUAAAAAGACAAACAUGUCACACGUGACCCUUUUUUAUUUAUUUGUGUUUAUCCAUAAAAUGGUGCAUGGAAAUACCAGAAUUGUCAGGUUAGGCUGCCAGAUGGAUUUUGGGGUUUUAAAAAAAAUGUGCCUGUGAUCUUCGUCACCUACCGGCAGAGUGAGAAUUAUCCACCUGCCGUUUGUAUGUCAUACUUUUUGCAAGGUCUUUCCCAGUCAUAUUUGGGAUUGCUCAGCAACCAGCUUUCCCUGACUCUUCUGUGUUUUACUGGCAGAUUCAGGCUCUCUUUACAGUGUUGAACCCUCCUGUUAUUCUUCCUGGUCUACAGGGUGGAGCCUGUUCCAGAAACUUGGUCUUGUGGUGUUUUUCUACUUUUUAUUUCCUCCUUUAAAAAAAAGAAAUAAAUGUGUUUAUCAGUAUUUAAAAUAAGAGGUGGAAGACUGGGACUGCUUAUGUGUCAUCGCGAUAGUUAAUUCUUCUUUUGUGCUUUAAAUAAAUCUGAUUUACAGUUGUUUUUUAGGACCCAUCGAUCAUCCCUGCCAAAUGCUGUUCGGCAGACAGGAGAAAGGCUGGCCUCUCAGCUGCCUGUCUAGAGCAUCGCCAGCUUUUCGCGCUAUGAACACAAACUUGGCUGAAAAGACAAAUGGGGGGGUUAUGCACAAAUAAUUUUUAUUUAUACUUUUAUUUUAUUUUUAAAUCCUAAUUUUGGAUGCUGAAGCAGUGAUGAAAACCAAGCUGUAUGCAAAGUCUGUAAAUAUAAAAUGUGGGUUUGUUCAUACUAGACUAUACACACGCACAGGACUGGAAACUAUUUGUAAACUAGCUUUGGUUUGUGUAAUAAAUUACUUUCUAUAACACA